AAUUUAUAGAUGUUUAUCUAUAUUUUUAUUUUGACAAAUAUAUGGAUGGGGUUUUGGUCCGGAUUGGAAUUUAAAAAGGGAAAAAAUAAAAACAAUAAUAAAUUUAAUUGUUAAUAGAGUUUUAGAAUGUUACUCAAAACGAUCGAAGUUUUUUUGUCGUGUCGAACAAAGCAUAAUUAUAAUCGUCCAUUUUUCACCUGUUGGAGAUGAGGCAGCCGGAGGAAGAAGAAGCCGCUGACUGGCGGCGCAGUGGUGAAAACUGCCUAUUGGACGCCGCCAGAACGGUGGCGCAGCCCUUGCCCUAUUGUCGCGGUAAUUUUUUUUUGUGUUUUUCAGUUUCUUCUCCGCGGGGGAGAUGGGAAAGAAAAAUAAAAGCGAAGAAGUGAAGAUGAAGAAGAAAAAAGAGGGAAAAAUGCUGCUUGAUGUUUGUACAUCGCGCUGCAACAGGAAUAAAAAAAAGAGCUGUUGUGUUUGAUACGAAGAGAUGGAUUUGUCUAACAGAGGAAAUGGAUCGGGCGACGAAGAAAACUGCAACUCACGAGAGGGCAAGAAGCAAUACCACCGUCACACUACCGAACAAAUUCAGCAGCUCGAGGCUUUCUAUAACGAAUGUCCGCACCCGGACAAGAACCAGAGGCAACAAUUGAGCAGAGAACUCGGCCUUGACCAAAAGCAGAUAAAGUUCUGGUUUCAAAAUAAAAGAACUCAGAUAAAGGCUCAAAACGAGAGAGCAGACAGCAAUUCCCUCCGCUCGGAGAACGAAAGAAUUCAUUUCGAGAACCUUUCGAUGCACGAGGCUCUGAAAAACGCCUUUUGUCCCUCUUGCAAUAGCUCAGGCGUUUGUGAAGAAGAGAAACGCGAAAAUCUGCAGAGAUUGAGAAUCGAAAAUGCACGUCUGAAAGAAGAGCACGAACGAGCGGUCAACUUCUUAACCAAUUACAUGGGAAAUCUAAUUCUGCCUUCCGUUGGAACGGAGCCCAGUGCUAGUGCACCUGGUCAACAAUAUAUGUCACAACAUUGGUCAACAAGUGUGACGCAUGUGGAUAAAUCUGUCAUUAUCGAGACAGCUGUCGCUGCAAUGAACGAACUUCUUGAGCUGUUACGUGUGAACGAGCCACUGUGGUUCGAAGCUCCAUCGGAUCAUGGGAGAUAUACUUUACGUCGGGAUAGUUAUGAUAUGAUUUUCCCCAAGUCAAACCAGGUCAACACUUCUAGUGCUCGGUUUGAGUCUUCGAAAGAUUCGGGCGAGGUGGCAAUGUCUGCCACACAUUUAAUCGAAACGCUUGUUGAUGUGAACAAAUGGAAGGAAAAUUUUCCUACUAUCGUCACAAAAGCGACGACCCUUGAAGCGAUCGAUACUGGAAUAUUUGGUGGUUUGUUACAUUUGAUGUAUCAAAAAAUUCACAUUUUGUCGCCUCUUGUUGCUCCCCGGGAAUUUUUCUUCAUUCGAUAUUCCCGCCAAAUUAAUUCGAGCACUUGGGUGUUGGUGGACGUGUCCUACAAUUUCAUAACACAGCUCCAAGAUUCCGUUCCCACUCGUUCUUGGAGGUUUCCUUCAGGGUGUAUUAUUCAAGAUAUUUCAAAUGGAAAAUCAACAGUUACAUGGAUUGAACAUGUGCAAGUGGACGACAAAUUAUCGACUCAUCGUCUGUACAGAGACUUCGUUUGUGGUUCUCAAGCAUAUGGAGCCAAACGAUGGAUUACUACUCUUCAAAGAAUGUGCGAGAGAUUUGCAUUCUCAAAUGGGCUAAUCGCCACACCUACAAACGAACUCGAAGGAGUUAUCGAGUCACUUGAAGGAAAGAGAAACGUAAUGAAUCUUUCCCAAAGAAUGGUGGAGAGUUUUUUCGAAGUAUUGUGCAUGUCGGAUAAACUCGAUUUUCCGAAUCCGUCGGAAUAUCAAUAUAGCGGAGUUUGUGUCGCUCUCCGAAAAAGUGACGGACCUCAUCAACCUGAUGGAUUCAUCGUUAGCGCAGCUACCUCGCUUUGGCUUCCCUUUUCGAAGGAGCAUCUCUUUAACUUCUUCCAAGACGAGAAAAGAAGAGCUCAGUGGGAUGUCUUAUCCAAUGGGAGUCCUGUAAUUCCUGUUGCACAUAUCUCAACCGGGACACGUCCCGGAAAUCGUAUUUCCAUUAUCCAGCCUUUUGUACCCAAAGAAAACAAGAUGUUGGUGCUGCAAGAGAGUAGCAUCGACUCACUAGGGGCAGCAAUAAUCUACGCCCCGAUGGAUUUAAAAGCUCUCCUCUCUGUGGUGAAUGGGGACGACACAAUGAAAAUACCGAUUCUGCCGUCGGGUUUUGUGAUCUCUACCGAUGGCCGUGCUAGCAGCAGAGGCACCAACGGAGCGUCAACCAGUUCCAACACCGGUAGCGGUGGCUCGCUUCUCACAGUUGCUUUCCAGAUAUUAAUUUGUCACAGCCAAUUGACAUCGCAACUGAAUAUGGAGUCGGUCGCCACCGUGCAUACCCUAAUCAGCUCCAGCAUUAAAAAGAUCAAAGAGGCGCUUGAUUAUUAUGAUUAAUUUCGGAUUUUAUCUUCUUGAUUUUUUUUUCCUUAAAUCAUACUUUAUGUUUUGCUUGUUUUAUUUUUAUACUUAAAUCAGUUACUAAUAUUCAUAUAUACAGUCGAAUUCUUUUUGCACAUGAAAAGUUUUGUCGUUUUCCGUAUUUAACAAUUA